GGUGUCUAGAGCAUCCAAACAAUAGGACAAUAUUCAUUCAGCAUUCACAGCUUGGUUACAAUUCAUAUCCUCAUAAGACUACAUCUGCUUCUUCCAUCUUACAUCCACAUCACAUUACCCUCCACACAAACAAAUAACACACACACACAAUGGACUCAUCAUCACCCCAAGAAACCCCAGCUAUUCCUUCCCUCAAUCUGAUGGACCUCCCCACGGAACUCCAUCUACACAUCUCCACAUUCCUCCCAUACCCAGAUGCACUAGCAUUGAAACACACCUGUCGCCAUUUCUACUCUCUCGUCUACACCGGGGUGCACCUCAAAGUCGACUGGUUUGUCGAGCGCUUUUCCCAGAAACUCGAUUGUCCGAUGGAGAAAUGCUCGUUCCGGACGGACGAGGCUUUCUGUAAUAAGACGAUUCGAAUGAUCAUGGAGCGCAGAAGACGGCAUCUGGAGUGUAGGGCACAGCCGGGUGGGUGUUUGGUCAUUGAGGGGAGGACUUGUCAGAAGGAUCUGAUUCCGUUGUGGAUGAAGAAACGUGGUCGUUGGGAGAUGAUUAGAUCUUUUGGAAAUGAAGCUUUGAUUCAUGGGCUUAUCUUUCUCUGUGUCUUUUUGCUUUGGAAUAUGAGUGCAAGGUGUGUGCCUUAUCGGUUUAAGAAUGAGCUUGAGCCGAAAUAACUCUGUCAGGCUACUAAACCGCGCGAUGGUGACA